CCAGAAGUGACGUAGUCAUUAGUGACGUCAAAGGGACUGAAAAACGUAUACAACAAAGAUGGCGUCUCCCGGCGAGGUUACCGUGAGCCAGUCACACGUGGGGAAAAAGAAGAAGCCUCCAGCUCGGUACUGGCAGGAGCCACGGGAGGAGGAGAAAGAUGAAGCCAAAGCGGGAAAAGACGGAGGGCAGACUGAAGAGGGUCCGCAGCAGGGGGAGCGCCAGAGACAGAAAGCAAAGAAAAGAAAGCAAGAGGGGCCUCGAAGAGAUGGAAAGAAAUUCAUAUCAGGGAAAUCAGACCCUUUCCCUGGUCCUGCUCCUAUUCCAGAAGACAGGUUGCAGAAGUUCAAGAGGAAAGAUAAAUUUAAAAGGUCUCGCCACCAGCAUUACAAGCUGAAAGACAUGAUAGUUCGCUCCGAAGAAGCUUCAGAAAUGGCCCAGAAACAAGCUGCCCGGUUUGACCUCCUACUCCCAGAGGACGUAGGGUUUCUAGAAGGAGACGAAGAUGAAGACACAUGUACAAUCUCUCAGGAGGAUAUCGCAGAUGCUGUGGACAUAACAUCUGGAGCAAAGUAUUUUAAUCUGAAACUGUCUCAGUUUGGACCAUAUCGAGUAGAUUACACCAAAACUGGACGUCACCUUUUGCUCGGUGGGAGGAGAGGCCAUGUGGCUUGCAUUGACUGGCAGUCCAAACAGCUGAUGUGUGAGAUUAACGUGAUGGAGUCUGUCAAUGACGUAAAGUGGCUCCAUAGCGAGACCAUGUAUGCAGUGGCUCAGAAGAAGUGGCUGCAUAUCUAUGACUCCAAUGGAAUAGAGCUUCACUGCAUCCGCAAAUUCAAUGAUGUCCUUCGUAUGCAGUUCCUCCCCUACCACUUUUUGCUAGCCACAGCGAGUGCUACAAGUUUCCUGCAGUACCUGGACGUGUCUGUGGGAAAGGAGGUGGCAGCCAUCUGUACCAAGACUGGCCGGCUUGAUGUGAUGUGCCAGAACCCUUAUAAUGCCAUCAUCCACCUGGGACACCCCAACGGCACGGUCACCCUGUGGUCCCCCAACCAGAAAGAAGCCCUCGUCAAGAUGCUCUGUCACCAGGGCGGCGUGCGCUCUGUCGCUGUAGACAAGACGGGCACAUACAUGGUGACAUCUGGAAUGGAUAAAAAGCUGAAGAUGUAUGACAUUAGAGCCUUCAAGCCUCUCAAGUCCUACUUCCUCCCUGCUGGAGCUUCCUGUUUGUCACUGAGCCAGAGAGGUCUGCUGUCUGCGGCCACAGGAGAUAUUGUUCAGGUGUACAAGGACGUGUGGAGCACUUCAGUGACUAAACCCUAUGUGGCUCACAGAGUUCGGGGAUCAGUGUCAGGGCUGCACUUCUGUCCCUUUGAAGAUGUCCUCGGUGUCGGACACGGAGAUGGUUUCACCAGCAUGCUCGUACCAGGUGCAGGAGAGCCUAACUUUGAUGGUCUAGAGGCAAAUCCGUACCGCAAUGCAAAGCAGAGGCAGGAGUGGGAGGUUAAAGCCCUGCUGGAGAAGAUCCAGCCAGAGCUCAUCAGUCUGGACCCCAGUGUACUGGGACAAGUUGACCACGCCACCUUUCAACAAAGGCACCAAGACAGGGUCCAAGCUCUGGGUUUUGACCCGCUUGCCAAAGAAAGAUUUAUUCCCAAGUUUAAGAAAAAAGGUCGUAGUUCUUCUGGUAAUGUUGAAAGGCGCAAGAAGCAAGUAGCUCACGAGGACCAGAGGGAUAUAAUCAGGAAAACUGCAGAGGACAAAAUGAAGAUGGAAAAAGAAAGAAAGGAGACGGAGGAGAAGAAGGCGGCAUUAUCUAGCUCAAAAUCCGCUCUGGACAGAUUCAAAAAAUAGAAAAGGAGGACCCUUUGUGCCACCCAAACCCCAGUGACAUUCUGUGGGAGUGACCUUUUGAACUACAUAUAAAGGACACAUUUUUUUGGACACAUUACUCCAUUGUGGGAACAAAACACAAACUGCUGAAAUUCUGGAUAUAGUCUGCUAAUAAGGGCAGUUCAUCUGUAAUCAAUGUUGAGAGCAGUGCUAGGGCAGUUCUAUUUAAUGCCUGUAGCCUGAAGCACUGCUGUCUACACGGACGGAUAAUGUGAGGUGCCAGGGCUGGCGCGGGUAUCGCCUAGAAUAUUUGUCAAGCUGUUUUUUGUUUUUUGUUUUUUCUCUACUGAUAAACAAAAAUUAUUACUAAUUUUCUUUUCAAAUGGGGUUGCUUUGGUAGCUGAACUGACUGAGAAAACGUCAAAUGUUUUAUAUUAAUAUGUUCUAAAAAUAAACAACAUAAUGCCUUUAUGCCUA